CUGUAUGAACAAAUUCCCAAUUCCAAAAAAUAUCCAGUCUAAGAUGAUGAAUACAACUACCAUGAUUUCCUGCAGGUGCAUGUCAUAGAAGGAAUUGGCCACUGAAAACUUGAAAUGACUAACAAUAAAUAGCUACAGUUCAAGGCAUGCUAUCACAGCAGUUUUGCUGAAUUUCAUGUCAAAAAAAGAGCCAAAAGUACAACUGAGUACUCUGGCUAGAAUACAAAAUGCUCCUAGAACCCCAAGCUGAAUAUAUUGUGCAAUUUUUGAAGGGUGAGCAAAUUGCAAUGUAUUACUUUUUAGUAACUUUUUGAAACUGUGACAACAGAAUUUGAAAAGGGUUACCAAACCUUUUAUAUUGAUGUCACAACCUCGUGCAUAUAACCCAGUAUAUCACUCUUUAGAACUUCAGUGCACAUAUUUUAUAGUUUGUGACAAAAGUAGGCCAUUACAGUUAGGUUUCCAUCAAUGAAAAUAUUUUGGUUUGACUUUUUUAAGUCGUGCUCAUCAUAGUACCCCUUUUGAAGUAAUUGUUUGGUAUUAAAUCAAUCAACCGUGUUUUUCAAUGCAUGAGAAUAUAUCAAUAAUGUGCUAAAUAACAUGACAUCAGAUUUCUGUUACUUGACUAACAGUUGGAAGUGGUCUGUGGUUGAUCAGGACAAGUGCUAGAACUUUCAAUAACCCAUCAAAUGAAACCUCUUAUUGAAUCCACUUUACUUUUCAAUAAAGGAAUAGAAAAAUUGUGGAAAUUAGUUCAAAAUGAUUUCUGUGUUAAGAUUUAAUUUUACAAGGAGGCAUUUGACAUAUGAAUCUUGUAUUCAAUCAUUCUCAGAUCUUGCUCAAUGAACUUGGCUUUGAUAAUGGCUUUUUCUCACCUCUAAGAACAAACUACUUGAUGCCGCUCACCAGAAUACUAUAUCCUGAAUGUGGGGGUGAUUGUUUGGACUCGCACAAGGCAUUCACUGUGCAUUACAAGAUAGGAGAAGAUUUAGACCUUAGUUAUCAUUACGACAAUGCUGAGAUCACCUUAAAUGUGUCACUAGGAAAGGAGUUCAGUGGAGGAGAGCUGUUUUUCGGUGACAUGAGACAGGUUCCCCUCAAAGAGACAGAAUGCAGUCAGUGUGAACACACACCAAGUUAUGGACUUCUUCACAGAGGUCAGCACAUGCACGGAGCCUUGCCUAUCCACACUGGAGAGAGAAUAAACUUGAUUAUUUGGAUGCGGUCCUCCGCAGUGCGUAAUAAACUUUGUCCAAUGUGCGACGCGGAACCUAGACUGGUGCCUUGUGUUGGUACAGGUGAUGGAUUUACCACUGGGCAGACUGUGCCAGUCUGUUCCACCCUCUGAUCAGGUUGCUUUAGGGAGUGGAGUUCCAGGGCUCUGGUCUAAACAGUGCAGGGCUUGUGGGUCGUGUACAAUACAUUACUUCUAGAUUUUAAUGUAGAAGUAAUAUAUGUACUUACACAUCUUUGUAUGUACUUAGUUGAACUCUAUCCGUUUUUAUUAUGAUCAGAUUCUCUAUUCUUUAUCAGUGCGUACGUGAGUUAGGUGUGAAGAAGAUAGUACCACGUGACUGGAAGGAAAACAACAGUCUGGGGACGAGUCUUGCGUAUCUAAUGUUAACAUAGUUUUAAUGAGUGAUCAUGCAUGUUUCAAUACAGAAUCCAUCCUUGAGGCUAAUCGCACUCCCGAAUGCAAGGCGACCCUGUCGUUAACUGAAAACGUUUUAAAUUUAACACUGUCAGACAGUACGCACUAUCGUGGAACGCGCAUUCAGUAAGUGAACUUUCAGUAAUCAAGCUGAACAAAACGUGCAGAAUGUCUGAGCAGCUGCUGUAGUCAUGUCAUACACUUCCUCAUGAACCAGAUUGAUCUAAAACACAAAAAAGAGAACAAAGUGAGGCAAUAAAGAAUCCUGGUUUUUAUAAA